GAGAGUUGCCUCCACCGACCCGCGGCUGGUUCCGAUCUUUGCCUUUCUGGCUGCGCACGGCGCCCGAACCACAUACAGAAGCAUUCCAAGCAGAAGCAGGGAGAACAAAUCGUAUAUAGACAAAACAGCUAAAAUAUAUACAUUGCAAACCGGUGGCUAAUUGAAAUGUUUGCGGCAUAAAACGGGCAAUAUAUAUAGUUACUUGUGCGGAGGAAUAUAUAUCCCUAAUGGCCCCAUCGAAGUGCAUGCAAAUGUUGUUAUUUUUUCAACGCGCCUGACAAAACGGAUUGCGAUUCUCGCCGAUAGAUACGAAAAAGUGGUUCCAUAAGAAACGCCAAAAAAAGCGAAAAUAAGUGACGUGUGAGUGUGUGCCGAGUGGAGAGUGUACCGUGUAUAGAGUGUGUGUCUAUGUGGAAUAUGCGGACAUCGGUGUAACAGCAGCAGCAGCAGCGGAUCGACAUUGUAACACCAUGGAGCUGAGCAACUUUUCCAGCAGCAAGAAGAUGUCACGCGAGGAGCGACGCUACUCGGUGCCCCACGGACCCAAUACCCCGCUGCCGCCGGCGGCCUCCGAAGACCUGCACGCCUGGUCCAUCUACAGGCAAAACCUGAACUCUGACUUCACCGAUUCGGCUCUGGGCUCGUCGGACAAAUCACCGCUGCCAUAUGGAAACUUCCAGCUACGCGACACCACAGUGCAAUCAAUCUUAAAUCAUCCGCGCUACGGGCCCAAAUCUCCGCUGGGUUCCAACAUGUACACCUACUUGAAAUUCGGACUGCCGCGCGUCUUUCCGCCCAAUGCCGGUUCGCAGCGUUCCCACCGACCAGGUCCGGGUCCGGGUCCCGGCUCUGGCCCAGGACACGGUGGUGGUUCCAGUGCUCUGGGUGGAGUGCGUGGCCGUGUCAAUCGUGCCUUCCGGGACAGCUCGGGAGCUCCGGCCGGUGCAGGAAGUAGCGGCUACGAUAGCAGUGACAACGAGACGACCCGGAGCCGGGUGCCGCCCAAUCUCCGGAAGUAUCGCAGCGAGUCCGACUUCCGUGCCAUCGGCGGAAUGCCGCACUCGCGCCCAGAGUCGCGAGCCCAGAUCGGCGGGGGAGGUCCUGGCGGUGUCCCAGCAGCUGCUCUGCGCCAGGCCAACAGUCGGGCCAGCAUAGCAGUGGGUCAGCACCACCAUCACCAGAUGCAGCAGCACCAGCAGCAGUACAUGGGCAACGGGAAGCACUACGGACACAGGUCGCACAGCGAAGCUGAUCUGCUGGGCGCCGGCCUGGGCCAUGAUGGCGGAGGUCUGGGCUACGACUACCACGAUGCCAGGCUGUACGGCAGCUCCAGGCAGUAUGGGAACGGAAACGGAAAUGGCAUCAGCCACGGCCGGAAGCAGUCCGGCAUGGGUCUGAUCUACCCGAACAUCCAGGUGCACUGCCUGGACGUAAAUCCCUGCCUGCGCGGCGUGUCCAUGCAGGCCAAGGCGGGCGACCUGUUCGCCAUCAUGGCCACCUCCCAACGGGAGGGCAGUGCCCUGGCCGAGUGCUUGGCCGGAUUGAGUGAGCGGCUAGGAGGAGAGAUCCUGAUCAAUGGGCAGCAGGUUAACCGCCGCGGACUACGGGAGCUGUGUAGCUAUGUGCCGGCUCUGGAGGUCUCCUCCCUGGACCCACGGAUGAGUGUCCAGUGCACCCUGAACUUCCAUGCCGCUUUGCGGGGCCCCCUGGAUCGCAGCGAUCUGGAGGAGCGCAUGGACGUGCUGAUUGAGGAUCUGGGCCUAAACACGGUGCGUGCCUCCAAUGUGUCCACGCUGACGCACUCGGAGAAGCAGCGCCUGAGUGUGGCCUGCCAGCUGCUGGCUCAGUCCUCACUGCUGAUCCUGGAUCAGGUCACCAGCAACAUGGACAUCUUCGACACCUUCUUUCUGGUGGAGUAUCUGCGGCAGUGGUGUAGCGGCGGCCGAAUCGUGAUCAUGACGCUGCAGCCGCCCACCUUCGAGAUCCUGUCCAUGUGCUCCGGCGUGCUGCUCCUCUCCGGCGGCAGGACCGUCUUCUCCGGCAGCCGAGCAGAUCUGCCGCGACACAUGGGCGAACUGGGCUAUCCGUGUCCGCCCUUCAAGAACCCAGCGGAUUAUUACUUGGACCUUGUCACCUUGGAUGACCUGUCGGCGGCUGCCAUGCUAGAGUCCUCGGCACGCAUCGAAUCACUGGCCAACGCCUGGGAUCAGAUCAAUUCGGAGCCACCGCUCGCCGCCCCGCCCGCCUCGCUGCCCAACUUUACGCUAAAGGCCGGCUUCUUUGGGCAGAUCAGUGCGCUGAUCAAGCGAUUCGCCGGCUACAAGCAGCCGGGAUCGCUGCUCACCUGGAUCAGCAAGCUGAUCGCCGCCGCCGUGCUCUCGCUCUGCAUAGGCUGCAUCUUCUGGGACGUGCCCGCUUCCGAUCCGCAGCUUAGCUAUCACGACCGCCUGGGCUACCACCACUGCGUUAUGGUGCUGGUCUACUGGCCGCUUGUCAUGCUCACCAUUCGAGACACGCAGGAGGAUCGACGGCAUGCGGAGCGGGAUAUCCGUUUGGGGCUUUACACCCGAAGUCUCUACAUCAUAGUGCAGAGUCUCCUGGGCCUGUUCCCUAGCUUAUGCAUCUGGCUGGCCUAUCUGCUGCCGGCCCACAGCAUGGCAGGACUCUACACCUACUCCAACAGCAGCGACACUGGCAUCUACCUAUAUAUGGGUUACAUGCUGCUCUACUUGACGCUCAUCCAGACGCUGGCCCUGUUCUGUGCCCACCUGCUGCCCUGCAAGGUCUCGGCCAGCAUUGUCAAUGGGCUGAUUAGCCUGGCGGUGGCUGCGGUGGGUGGCUAUCUAGUGCAUCCACAAAACCUGGCCAAGUUCUGGUCUUGGCUUCAGUUCGUCUCACCGGAACGGUGGCUGCUGCCUGUCCUGGUGCAGGAUGAGUACAGUGCCGAGACCCUGUCCAACUCCGCCGGACUGCAGCUGUGCCGCAACAAGCAGGUGCAGCACCAGGAGAUUAUUGUGCAGCAGCCCUGCCCGCCGCCCAACGGCACCCAAGUGCUAGUCGACUUCGAGCUGCUGCCCCAGCAGCAUGUGCUGGAUCCCACGCCCAGCUACGACCAGACCACAUCGAUGGCCCUGGUUCUGGCCUCGGUGCUCGUCUUCUUUGUCACCUUCAUUGUCUUUUUGUGCAAUUGCCGUGGUGCGUGUCGCAAGCAGCGCAGUCGGUAGGCUGAAUUCCGCACGACUUGCAGCUGGCCAGGAUCUGGAACUUGAAUGACCGAUGGCCCAGCCUCUCGAACUGUACAUUCAAUAGAAACUAAUUAUUGAAAUAAAUAGU